ACUUGUGCCUCGCAGGCUCACUCUCGCAGUCGUUCUCCCGCCAAAACCAUUUCUUAGUGCUACGAUUCCCUUCUUCUGUUGCUCACUUUUCAUCGACCAUAUUGUCAUAUUAAUCCAAAAAGAUAUCGUAGUCUCCUUUCUGUUUGCUUGCCGACGGAACCAAGGAGACCACAACCAAAUCUCUUCGCAUCCUGCGUGAACUGAGAACCAAGCCAAGCUCGAUUCCAGGUUGUUUUCCUUUUUGUCUUUACUUCCAAUCCACGAACCUCGGCGGCGAUCGAACUCUUAAGCGUUGAAUCGUCGUGUCACAGCGUUAAUGGCGGAGCGGGAUUCAGAACUUGUUUCUGCUAUUAACGAACUCGACGAUCGGUCAUUCCUCUCGCUUUGCUUUGGUCCUUCAGUGUCCAUCAGGAUUUGGCUUCUAAUAAACGCCGAGAGGUUCCAAAUAAGGCCAUCGCUGUUACUUACUGUUUUCCUAGGGUUUACGAAGGAUCCGUAUCCAUAUGUUAGAAAAGCUGCUCUCGAUGGACUAGCAGGUUUGGGGAAUACUGUUGUCGAAGACGGCAGUAUGAUUGAAUGUUGCUAUUUCCGUGCUAUUGAACUUCUAAACGACGUGGAGGAUUGUGUUCGGUCAGCUGCAGUACGCGUUGUCAUCACUUGGGGUCUCAUGCUUGCGGCUCAUAGUCCAGAGAGGAAACAACAUUUUUCUGAUGAAAUAUUCGCUAACCUUUGUUCUAUGACAAGAGAUAUGAGCAUGGAGGUCAGGUUUAAUGCAUUUGUUGCAAUAAAAAGGUUGGAAAUUGUUUCCGAGGAUCUUCUUUUACAAAGCAUGUCCAAGAGAGUCUUAAGUAUCUUCAAGGGGAAAAAGUCUCUUGUUCAAUGCUAUACCGAACAAUUAGAAAUGUUGGCGUUGGAUGUUGCUGGGGCUUUUGUGCAUGGCGUAGAAGAUGAAUUUCAUCAGGUGCGGAAGUCUGCCUGCGAUGCUUUGUUUAAUUUGAUCAUCCUGUCAACUAAAUUUGCUGGCGAGGCCUUGAGCUUACUAAUGGACGUCCUGAAUGAUGAUUCAGUUUCUGUCCGCUUGCAAGCUUUGGAAACAUUACAUCACAUGGCAAUUUCCAAUUGUCUGCAAUUGCAAGAAGCACAUAUGCACAUGUUUCUCAGUGCUUUAAGUGACAAUAAUGGCCACGUAAGAUCUGCUUUAAGGAAACUUCUUAAAUUAGCGAAGCUGCCAGAUUUGGUGACAUUUCAGUUGUCUUUUAAUGGUCUUGUCGAAAGUUUAGAAUCAUACCCGCAGGAUGAGUCUGAUGUGCUCUCCGUGCUGUUUCAUAUGGGUCAGAAUCAUGUAAAUAUGGUUGCCUCCAUUAUCACGGAUGUUUUUGAACAGAUAGACCCAGCGUCUGAAGGAAAACUUGGAUUUGAUAGCGUGAAGGUGAUUGCAUAUACUGUUCUAGCUAUUUCAGCUCCCGUUCUGGACACUCAUUCUCUUAGGAUUCCACCUAGAAUAUUUUCUUAUGCAGCUACAUUGCUUGGAAGGAUCUCUCAUGCUCUGGGCGAUAUUAUGGAUCAAAGCACUAUUUUUGCUUACUUGCUGCAAAACAGUAAAAACACUGGAUUAUCUGAUCUGGGGUUUAAUCCAGAGGGAGUCCCAUGCUCACUUACACCUGGAAGUUAUGUCAAUGAUAUACUUGCCAUUGCCUCACCUAAGACGCCUGCAACGAUACAUGAGAAGCAGCACAAAGAUGAUGAUGCCAUAGAAUCUAUCAAAACUAUCCUCUCAAAGGUGCAAGAUAUUUGGCCGCUAAUACAAUCGGGAUUUUUGCAUGAAGUUCUAAGGACUUUGAGGGUUUGCAAGGAAGCAUUGGAAGUAUUCACGUAUCAAAUAGACAAAUACAGUGGGGCUUUAGCUUUUACACUGCAAUAUCUCAAGAUAAUGAAACUGGUUGCGAAGGUAUGGAAUUUGAUGUCUUCAAAACAUAGUUGUAGAAUUGGAGAAUGGGAAUCUCUAUUAGGAAAGCUAGAAAAGGGGCUGAAAGGGUUGAGAAGUAGGUUCAUUGGAUUCUCUAAAGAAGAAGAACGACAUAUCUUAGAAUUGAUGUUGGUAACUUGUGCACUCAAGUUGUCUAAUGGAGAAAUUUGCUGUCAUCUCACAAUUAUGAGAAAAUUGUCGAUGAUAGCUUCCAACAUAGAGCAUCUCCUUAAGGAAGAAUGUAUUGAGCCAUCAACUUUUGUAUGUGAAGUUCAAAGAUCAUUGUCAAAGUUAGGCGCCAUUACCCCUAAAGCUUCUUGCUAUUCACUUGAUUUUAGAAAACUGCUGAAAACUUUCACCCUCAACCAUCUAGAAAUUUCAGAAAAACUUAAGCACGUCAAGGCAGAGCUAGUCAUUCCAGAUAAUGACUACGAAAAACCCCUCUAUUUUGUUCCAGGACUACCCGUUGGUAUUCUGUGCCAAAUUAUCCUACACAAUGUUCCAAGUGAGAGGAAGCUAUGGUUUAGAAUCACAAUGGAUAACACGACAAGUCAGUUUAUCUUCUUGGAUUUCCUUUCCUUAGGAGGAGGUUGUGAUGAGGUUAGGGAAUUUACCUAUACCGUUCCAUUCUACAGAACUCCAAAAGCUUCUUCUUUUAUAGCUAGGAUUUGUAUAGGACUUGAAUGUUGGUUUGAGAGUGCUGAAGUUAAUGAACGCCGUGGAGGUCCAAAACGUGAUCUAGCAUACAUUUGCAAAGAAAAGGAAGUUUAUCUUUCCAUGAUCCACAAUAGUUGAUUUAGUGCAGGGUUCAUUUAAAAUAUCAGUCUCUGUAAAUAUUGAAGGAAUAUGUGAGAAUGGCUACGGAAUAUGUUUUUUUAGUGUAAAAGUUAACCAUUUUGAUCUUCAUGCAGAAAACUGUUGUGAAGAUCUGAUCAAAAUGAGCCAUACCAAAAUGAGCCAUACCAAAAUGAGCCAUACCAAAAUGAGCCUAUUUAUGGUUCAAAUGCUUACUGAUCCUGCAGAUAUCUUGGAUACCAAAAGAUCUGCGGAUUGGUCUUUCUUUAGUAAAGCAAGAAAAAAAAACAUCGAUCAUUCGUUGAAGGUAUUUUCAUUUCCAUCUUGAAAGCCUCUAUCACUGGGUUUCUUUGAAAGAGAAGCUUUUUGUUUCUGACGGCUUGCUACCCAUGCCGUUUGUUAACUUGGAUUCAUUAACCGGUAAGUGUUAUGAACUUAAAUGGUGCCGUACAAGUGAAUAACUGAUGCAGGAAUUGGAUCCCA